GUGUAAAACAAAUUAAAGUUAAAAACCACAUAACAUCCCCCAUCCCAUCUUUUUUACUAAUACCUUCCUCCAUUAACAUAAGAUUGUCUCUCCUCUUUCGAAUUGUCUCUCCUUUUUCAGCUCUCUCUCUGUAUCUCCUUCUUCUUCUUCUUCCUCCAGCUUCUUUCAAUUUCUCCGGCUGCUAAACCCUAGCGCGCCGUCGGAGUCCCUGCGUUCUCAUACCAACCUUUACUCGCCGUCGCCGUCGCUGCAGAACUGAAAUCGAAGCUUAAGAUGGUGGAUACCGAAAUGCAAGAGCAAGAUGUGACUUUUGGUGCCCUUGUUGAGACAAAGUAUUUAGAGGAAGAACCUUUGGAGCCAGAAAAUGAUCACAACCCUAGUGAAAUCCCGCAGCCCCUUCUUCUUGGAGAUGGUCAGGCUAAUAAUGGUCAUGGCAUGAAUGGUGGUGCUGUUGGAGUUGUUGACCACUCUGAAAGGAAGACUCGUAGGGUGCAAAUGUUGAGUCCUAAGACUGAAGGUGAGAAUGCCAAAAAGAGGAAGACUUGGCUGCUGGAUUCUGAGGCACAGGGAACUGAUGAAGCAGGGACACCGGUAGAACAAGUGGCGUUUCUAAGAGAAGUGGAGGCCUUUUACAAAGAGAGUUUCCUGGAAUUUAAACCUCCUAAGUUUUAUGGACAGCCUUUAAACAUUCUCAAGCUUUGGCGAGCAGUCGUGAACCUAGGUGGCUAUGAAGUGGUCACCACAAAUAAGCUGUGGCGGCAAGUUGGAGAAUCCUUCAAUCCUCCCAAGACAUGCACAACAGUCUCCUACACAUUCCGCAAUUUCUAUGAGAAGGCACUUUUGGAGUACGAAAAGUGUUUAAGGAAUAAUGGUGAGCUUAACCUUCCUGGUUCAACAUUGAUUCUGUCUUCCAGUGUCGAGAAAGAGCCAAGUAGCCAUCAAGGUUCAGGGUCAGGCAGGGCACGAAGAGAUUCUGCAGCUCGUGCUAUGCAAGGUUGGCAUGCGCAGCGCCUUGUUGGAUCUGGAGAGGUUACUGCGCCUGCUGUUAAGGAUAAGGGCUUAAUUUCCACCCCAAAGCACAAGAAACUCAAAAGCAUUGGGCUGCAAAAACACAAACAACAAACUAGCAUGGACCAUGUUGUUACAAAUGAAGCUGACAAACAGUUGGCUGCUGAGGUUGUUGAUGUUGGACCCGUUGCUGACUGGGUGAAGAUAAAUGUCAAAGAAUCUAAGGAUUCCUUCGAGAUAUUUGCCUUGGUACCUGGACUUCUUCGCAAAGAGGUUCGAAUUCAAUCAGAUCCUGCGGGAAAGGUGGUUAUAACAGGCCAGCCAGAGCAGCUUGACAAUCCUUGGGGGAUUACACCCUUCAAAAAGGUAAAACUUUCUUCUAUAUUCCAGAUAUGUCCAUUAACUGAACUGAUACAGAGACUGAGAACCUUCCUGUCAUUUUGAUAUGUUUUCACCAGAUUGUUGACUUAUCAGCAAGAAUUGAUCCGCUUCACACAUCCGCGGUCAUGAGCAUGCAUGGACGGUUGUUCAUACGAGUUCCGUUUGAGCAGUAAUGGAUUUCAAGAGAGCUGGUCAGUUGUUCGUGGUUUCUUCUAGGAAUUCAUAUGUUUCAGAACCAAAUUGUUAGGCGGCUGAAGCAGUUUUGUAACUGUGAUUUGAAUCUGAAGACUGAAGUUAGGAACAUGCAACAAACAUUUGAUCUUACUGUAAUAUUUCUCUUUUGUAUAAUUUGAGAUUAGUAGGAGAAACUGCUCCAAAGACAUUUAGGAUGCAACCAACAAUGAUGAUUUUGAUCUAAAAUCGGAAUGUUAUGCUUUUC